UCGGUUCAAAGUUCCUGGUUCGAUAGACUGUUCCCAAGUUUCCAAGUUUGAUACCCGUUUCCGUGCGCGAAUCCUUUCCACUGAUCGGGAACCCAAUCCCUAAAGGAUGAAUUGCUCUUUGCCUGGAAUUAAAAUACCAGAAAACUUUUGAAGAAACCAGAAAAAAUUAAGGGGGAAAAAGGGAAUAAUUUGUGGGAAUGUAUAGAGGUAUACCGCGUUUGAGGGCAUCGGGCUCCUCGAUCAUGAACUAUCUAACAGUGGCCGAGUUGAGAAGAAAAGCUUUGAACUCGUUAUCUGCUGUGCAGGACACUUUUUACUCCACUAAGGAUAUAUUUGAGAGGCACAAGGUGGUGUUUACCAUCUCCACUUCCAUUGCAUCAGUUGCUACAGCAUGGGCUGGUUAUACUUUACGUCACCUUCAUGAAUCCAGAGUUGAACAAAGGCUUGAAUCAAUUGAGAAAGCUAUGAAAAGCACUUAUCAAAUAGAAGACCCUGAGUUUAAAAAGCUUGUUUCAGGCACUGUUAGUAUACCAGCUUGUGUUGCCACUGCUGGGACCAGUUUGAUUAUAGGUGGCCCUCCAAGAAUACGAGUGUUUGAAGGGACUGGACUAGUUCCAUACCAGUGACUUAUUUUCCCUCAGAAUCCAUUGAAUAUACUAUAUGUAUAUAUUAUUGAAGAGAUGUGCGACGUAACCUGGAUUUUGACAAUUGUUUGCUGUCAGCAAGAUCUUGUAACGAUCUUUGUAAAAUAGUUGUUUUCUUUUGGAGACAUCUCUCAUCCUUUGUGUUUAAGCAAUUAAAAUAUUAUAAUUUCUUUAUUCCAAGGAAAACCAUAAAAUUUAUCUAAUUAUCCUCUAGACUUGAUGUUUGUUUAUAGUGUAUGGAUAAAUGUGAGAGAAGCAAGUGGGGUGUGUCCAAAGAACUUCUGCUUGAAGUUGUAUCCGCAUUAGCGGGGAAAAACGAAGGUUGACUUACGGAAAACACUCAUGAUUUUUAUAGUUCUCAAGUGAUUUAACUGUUUGCUUCAAGUAAUUACUAAAUACUUACUAAGAUGAAAAAAGAGGCCUAACGUUUAGGCUCUUUAGUAACAUGAAGUCUUAUUGUUCAGGAAGUCUGAAGUCCUUACAUCUCUAUUCAUUAUGAUGGUAUUGUUAGUUGGCCUACUGCUUUGCUUUACCGUCCUCUAUGCAUCAACCUUUUGUAAAUUAACAACUCAAGAUGACAACAUACCUAUAUAUUAAAUGCAUUUCUCACUUUGGAUUUCCCUGAUCUAUUUCUCUCUCACCUCAC